GAGAGCAAUCUGAACAGGGGUUGGCUGAGAGCAAAGGUCCUGGUGGGAGGGGAGGGCUCGGCUGGGCUGGCUGGAGCCUGAGCAAAGUGUGGGGAGUUCCCAAGUGGGGCCAGAGGGACACUGUGUGCAGCAGCGAGCAGCCUGCAGAGGAACAUGGCGCUGCUCCGGGGCCUCCUUGUGCUCAGCUUGUCCUGCCUGCAGGGUCCCGGCUUGGUGUUCUCUCCUGCCAGCGCCAUGGAGCCCUUGGGCCAGCAGCUAAUGAGCGGGCAGACCCAGGAGAAGCUGCCCCCGCUUACCCUCCUCAAGUUGGGCAACCAGGAGGCCCACGGCCAUACUGCCCUGAAGAAGGCCCCAAGAGAUUGCAAGGGGGCCCCAACCCUGGAGCAGACCCACAGGUUGGCCCAGGACAUGAUGGCCUUCACCACAGACCUGUUCUCCCUGGUGGCCCAAAGGUCCACCAGCCCCAACCUCAUCCUGUCUCCUCUGAGUGUGGCCCUGGCACUGUCUCACCUGGCACUAGGUGCUCAGAACCAGACGCUGCGGAGGUUAGAGCAGGUGCUACACGCAGACUCAGGGCCCUGCCUCCCUCACCUGCUGAGCCGCCUUUGCAAGGACCUGGGCCCUGGUGCAUUCCGAUUGGCUGCCAGAAUGUACCUGCAGAAAGGAUUUCCCAUCAAAGAGGACUUCCUGGAACAAUCAGAACAGCUCUUUGGUGCAAAGCCCAUGAGCCUGACGGGAAGGAAAGGGGAUGAUCUGCUGAACAUCAACCAAUGGGUGAAGGAGGCCACAGAAGGGAAGAUUGAGGAUUUCCUCUCUGAGCUGCCAGAUGACACAGUGUUGCUUCUGCUCAAUGCCAUCCACUUCCAGGGUUUCUGGAGGAGCAAGUUCGAUCCGAGCCUCACCCAGAGAGACAGCUUCCACCUGAACGAGCAGUUCACGGUGCCAGUGGACAUGAUGCACGCCCACACGUACCCCCUGCGCUGGUUCCUGCUGGAGCAAUCUGAGACACAGGUGGCCCAGUUCCCGUUUAAGAACAACAUGAGCUUUGUGGUCAUUAUGCCCACCCACUUUGAGUGGAACGUGUCCCAGGUGCUGGCCAACCUGAGCUGGGACAUCCUGCACCAGCCCUUACUGCGUGAGAAACCCACCAAGGUCCGGCUGCCCAAGCUGCAUCUCAACUACCAGCUGGACCUGGUGGCCACUCUCAGCCGCCUGGGCUUGCAGGAACUGUUCCAGGCCCCUGACCUGCGUGGGAUCUCUGACCAGAGCCUGGUGGUAUCCAGCGUGCAGCAUCAGUCCACGCUGGAGCUCAGUGAGGCCGGUGUGGAGGCGGCCGCCGCUACUGGCACAGCCAUGUCCCGCAUGUCUCUCUCCUCCUUCAGCGUGAACCGCCCCUUUCUCUUCUUCAUCCUCGAGGACACAACAAGCCUGCCCCUCUUCGUGGGCAGCGUGAGGAACCCCAACCCUAGUGCGCAUUGGGAGCGCAAAGAGCAGCAGGAUUCCCCGGAUGACAGGGACUACUUCCAGAACCAGAAAACCCUCCCCCGAGGAGACAAGCCCUUCGGCCCUGACUUGAAACUCGCGCCGCCCUCGGAGGAGGAUUACCCCCAACUUAAUAGCCCCAAGUGAGAGGCCAGCUGCCAGCAUCCUGAGUCCCUGCCUGAAACAACCUCUCCACUCCUGGGACUCUUUCCAGACGGCUUUGCGGGAUUAGGGCAGGGGCCUGGGUGGGCAGUCGCCUGGGUGGGCAGUCUGGGAGCGGAGAGGGAGCCGUUCUCUCCUGGGCAGUUUGGGGUCGGGGGGCCUCGGGGAGGGCAGGCCUCAGGGAAUCACGGGCCUUGAUCCCACAUCGUUUCUUCCAAAGUGGCUCAGAGGCUUCCUUGUCUGGGGCGGAGGGGCGGCCGUAGGCGCACUUUGUCAGGUAGGUAGGUCUUCCCGGAACUGGCUGUGGCACUUCCACGUUUGUUUACCGGAGCUGGGGGACAGGAGGCACUGGAUGCCUUGGCUGCGGAGAGGAGAGACCGGCCGGAGCGCAGGGCCUUGUCCGGCCCUGUGGACGGGGCCUAGCCUUCCACGUAACUGCUUCUGCCCUAAGCUGCCCCGGGCCCUCCAGCCUCCGCCCGCCCUGAUGCUCUGUCACCUCAGGGCCCCCCUGCUCCCUGGAGAUACCAGCAUUGCCAGGACUGUCUCUCCCUCCUCUCGCCUCUUCUUCCUCUGCCCAAAUGUCUCAGGGGCCGAGGCGGGAGGGGAGGGCAAUAGUUCCCUCAGGCUCUUUUGUAAAGUUUUUGUAGUGAUUUUUAUGGCACCCGAAUAAAGAACGAAUGGCCCUGGCUGCUUUGAUGUCACUGUUCUGGGCAGGGGGGGCAGGCCCCCCCCCAAGGAAGGCAGGAGGAGCCCAGAGGCUGCACGAGCACCACUCUGGGCCCAGAGAGCAGGCAGGCAGUCUCUGCCACGUCUGUUCUCGGCCACUCGCCAGCCUGUCUCGGCGCAGUCCCCUCUGAUCUCGCCAGCCCUCUCCAGGGCCCCCUCCACGCCAGCCUGGCUCUGCUCUCAGUCGGUU